UUCAGAAUUAAAAAUGGAUUAUCUUACUGUUUUAACUGCAGUGGUACAUGACCGCAGAAAUAUGCUUCGCAUUCAUCGAAGGCAUUUACGUGAUUCAACUGACCCAUUUCAUUUGCCAGAAGCGCGUUUUGUCGAGCUAUUUCGCUUUAAUAAGGAAGUGACUCUACGCCUUUUAGAAGAAAUAUGUCCAUUUAUGAGGAUUGGGGUUAAAAACACCUACAUACCGAAGCAUAUAAGGCUAACUGCUGCGCUGCAUUUUUAUGCAACAGGGUCGUUUUUGCGCGACAUAGGACAGGACUUUGUAUGCCCAAUGAGCAAGUCAACAUUAUGCUUGGUUAUAAAAGAAGUGACUUUUAUUAUUCAGGAUAAAUUAAUGCAGAAGUACAUAAGAUUUCCCACUUCUGCAGAUGAACAAAAUACUGUUAAACAAAGGUAACAAAUUUGUUUUAUUGAUGCAUUUUAAUAAUUGAUUGUGUCUCACAGAUUUUUCAAUGCGACAGGCUUUCCAGCGGUAAUAGGUGCUGUUGAUUGCACGCACAUUAAAAUAAAAAAACCGCAUAUAGGAGUGGAGCAUUGCUACAGAAAUAGAAAAGGUUAUCA